GAAUUCAAGAUGGUGGCGUGAACCAGGACAUUGUGUUGAGACAGCUGAAAACAAAUGAGUUUCAACUUUCUCACUGGCUAUAUUUGUGUCCAACAACAAAGCAGCAUGUUAGGUUAUCUAACUGAGGAUCGAUCAUAGUACAGAUAGUAGAUAUAUAUCGUCUGGUAACACCGAGAUUCACUUCUAUGCCAGGUUGUGAAGAAGUAGGAAGUUCUGAUUGAAUCUGUCAACAAUGACAAGGACAUUGACAACACUCCAGAUCCGGGGAUACCUCGCUGUUGGUGCGCUGCUCUGUGCUGGGCUGGGGACAACUCACGCCAGCAAGCAUGCGUGCUCCAAGGAGGUGGUGACAGAGCCGAGCGGGGAGAUACGGAGCACGAGGAUGCUGGUGUACCCGAGCGUGUACUGUAAAUACUGGUUCAUACAGGCCCCAGAGAACGCCACCAUCACUAUCAGCUUCGAAUCCUUGAACAUCGACAGCAGCCCAGAUGACAGCUGUAGUAAAAACUUUGUAGAGAUAGGCCCAGUGUCACAGACGAGGUAUUGCCGAUCGUCGCAGCUCACCUACAUCGCCACGGGGAAGGGAGGACAUUUGUGUAUCUUCUUCAGCACUCAACAAGUGGAGAACAACAACUUUGCCCUCAAGUAUAUUGUGGGGAAGGUGCCCCAGUAUACGCCGUGCGGUUCGGGUCUAAGGCGAUGCAGCAACACCAAGUGUAUCUUCAAGGACUGGUGGUGUAAUGGACGCAAUGAGUGUGGCGAUAACAGCGACGAGGCCUCCUGUGUCACAACCACGCCUGCCCCGACGUGCUUCCAUCCGUCGAUCGUGUGUCGUGACGUCCACACGGGUCAACAGAUAUGUUUGAGCCGUCAGUACCAGUGUGAUGGGAAGCAAGACUGUCUCACCAGGGUAGACGAGUCCCACUCCCUUUGUCCACGAACAACAACACCCAGCCCCCACUGUCCCGCACCGUCCAUGAUGUGCUAUGACAUUCACACGGGCACCAGAGUCUGUCUCAGUCCACAGUAUCAGUGCAAUGGCCGUAAUGACUGUAUCAAUGGAGCUGAUGAAUCUCCCAGCAUUUGUCAAAGAGUCACCACUGACCACCCUGUGUGCUCGCCGCCGUCCAUCCUCUGCAACGAUGUCCAGACAGGCAGGUGGACUUGUCUCAAACCAGAGUACCAGUGUAACGGCCAGCAGGACUGCACCAACGAUGCGGACGAGUCACCGGCCCUCUGUCCUCAACACCAAGCUUGUGGUGGCGUGGUGCAUGACAUCUACGGCACCCUGACCUCGCCACGCUACCCCCGCGACUACCCCAACGGCAAGGACUGUGAGUGGACGAUCCACGCUGGCAACCCCGGAGACAAGGUGCAGCUGCGUUUCUCCAGCUUCAACCUGCAGCACGAGCGCAACACCGACUACGUAUCGGUGUACAACGGCAGGAGCAGCAGCAGCCCACUCAUAGGGACCUACUACGGGGGCAACAAACCUCCGGCCAUCAUUGAGGUGUCAACAAACUGGAUGUUCAUCAAGUUCCACUCAGAUCAGCACUACCCAGAGCAGGGUUUCAAUGCCACGUUCCAACAAAAAGGUCAGUGUAUCCCCGGCGUCCAGGAGGCGUGCAAGAUGGAGGGGGACUGUUACCAGAUCAGUGAGAAGUGUGAUGGAGUGUGGAACUGCCCGGAACACGGAUCUGAUGAACUUGGGUGCAAUCGGUGUGGGACACUCCAGUUCAGCUGUGGGUCGGCCAGCUCAUGCUACUCCCGACAGGACCGAUGCAACGGAGGCAGUCAGUGCCACAACCAUGCUGAUGAGAAAAACUGUACUGCCAAUCAGUGUGGGUCUCACAAGGGCCUGUUCCUAUGCAAGAAUAAACGCUGCAUCUAUGAGACGUGGGAGUGUGACCGCACUGACGAUUGUGAUGACCACUCAGACGAAGAUGGGUGUCCUUCACCUUUCUUCACCCGCCGUGUGAUUGUGGCCGCCGUGACCGGUUCCCUGAUCUGCUCCCUGCUGCUGGUCAUCGCUCUCGGCUGUAUAUGUAAGGUGUAUGCGUUACGGAUGAACGAACAGUACGGCCCACGACACGAGAGUCCCCUCAGCCGGCUACAAGCCGAGUUUCUACGGCGACGUGCCCCACCUCCCCCUUACCACGAGGCCAUGUUGACGUCGAGGCCGUAUGAAGAAGCUCGUCAGGAAUACUUAAGUCAGUCACGUGACCAGCAUAGACGAAGGUCCAGAGAUAGGCGGAGAAAUCAGCAAUUGCCGCCGACACCUGAAGAGCCGUCGUCACAUCAGAUCGUGAAUGAGACAGCAGAUGACCAUCAGCUAGCAGGAGAAAAUGAUGUUCAACUGAUAUCUCUGAACUCUACACAUUUACAAAAUGCUAAUAUGGAUACAUCUUCCACUGUGGAACUCAUUCCUCCUUCCACAUCCAGUGAUUCGGAGGACAGUCAGGCUGGGACAUACAACAACGGGAAUGUCGCCGAUGAUGAUGACAACGACUCCGUUCUGCUUGACAUCACGGACGGAGUUGGCUUAACAGCGUCCUGGCGAUCGCUGUCUCAACGGAGCAGCGAUGAGGAACAGUCGCCAGAACACGCCCCCUCGGAUCCCGGUUGUGAUAGCGGUGACUCGGCCAGUGCAAGCCUUUCUGUGGAUAACAUGACACUAACGCUACACGAGUCUCUUGACAAGGAGAACGGCGUGGAGGUGAGCGAGUCCGACCCUGUGUUGCCGGGGAUGGAUAUCACGGAGAAGGAGCCGGGGGACAACCACCCAACGCGGCCAUCUGUAGAGGAACCCCAGAACUCCGUCUCCACGCCCGUGCCUCGCGAUCAGAACACUGACCCUGAACCACCUCUUAUCAAACACCAGUGAAGUCUACAUUAGACUGAUAGUCACAGAUCACAAAUUACUUAAUAUAUUUCAUUCAUGAUUAUGCUGACUGUUUUGAUAUGAACGCAUACAUUAUGAAAUCCCGAGGGUAUAACCAUCCUUCUGUAUACAUAGACUUCAUGGAUAGCCUGAGUUUGUCCUGUCAUUUAAUCAGAUUUAUCAAGUAUGUAUCUGCUCUUUACUUAAGCCAUUGCCAUGUUGCAUCAGUUUCAGUUGCGUCUGGACCAGCUGUGUUGAGUUUGUAGCGGACACUGUCAUUCAUGUGCCUUCCUCCAGGACCUAUGCAUUCCGUCACAUGUAGUCCGGUCCAGAAACAUAUCACGUGUCACUUUCUCUUGGAGGGUGAUAGCACCUGUAGUUGAGCUGGCGAUGUGACCAGGGUUUGCCACAUCUUGUUCCCCCCCCCCCUACAGAGACUUGGCUGAUGGCCAGUGUGGACUCAGUCUCAGUCCCAUCAGAUCUCAGUGCUCGCUACCACCACACAAUGAUCUGAGGUCAUCCCACCACACCACACGUCAGAAUGACCUUUCUUCGACUUCGAGCGACCAAUGAAAUUACUAACAAGAAGUCGACAUUAGCCCAUUAUGAAUUACCUUUCUCGUGAGCUUUACAACACUAGUUGCAAAAUGUCGACUUUCACUCCAGACUAGAUUUGAAAAAUACCGAUUCAAAAUUUGAAAACGGAACAAAAGAAAAUUCUUGACUGUCCAAUUGAAGGCAGAGAUUGUAUGACAGUAUUUUCCACUGGCUAUGUUAAGUAUCUUCCGUUUACAAUGUUUUUCCAUUGAAGCGGCGGUGAUUUUACAGAAUCAGUCGUACAGCUAGUAACUGUCGUUGGAAUACCCUGUGUUAAACUUUCCAAGGUUGCAUUAUUACAAAAUAUAUUCUGAAUGAAGCUCUGAUUGGUCGGAUGCAAGGUCGUUCCGACAUCACCCAUAAUUGGAUGUCAUCCGAUCUCUGUUUAGCGAUUUUACUGAGUCUGGUGUUGUAGGGUGGUCAGGCUGUGUCAUCUUGACCUGAUGACAUGGAUCGAUGCUCAUGCUUUCACUCACUGGUUUCCUGGUGUUGUGAUGUAGCUGGGAUAUCACCUGUGUCAACAACAGCAGCAGCAUAUCUGAGUCACUCCCCAAGUAGAUAUGUUGGGUUCAACGCCAGUCAUGGAAUUGUUGUUGUUACAGUUCGGCAAGGAGCACUAAGUCUCUCUCUCCUUAUGUUGUUAGUGCUAUGUGUAUUAUUUGUAAUGCUUAACAUUCUGACAUUCUAUGUUCUACAUUCGGAGGGGGAUUAGUGGCCCAGGCAUCUGGGGGCUGCCAUUCGCUGUGCAGACCAGACUCUGGCAUGACUUAUUCCUUAUUGAUGUUCAUUGAUGUUUGUAACAUUGAAAUAUAGCCUGGUUUUACCUAGAAGUUACCAAAGGCACAGGUUCAUGCCAUAGACACCUUCUGUGGACUAACACAAAGCAUGGUGUCUGCAGGAGAUGUGUCUCCAUCCCAGACAUGGUGUCUAGUGUAGAUGUGUCUCCAUCUCAGACAUGGUGUCUGCAGGAGACGUGUCUCCAUCUCAGACAUGGUGUCUGCAGGAGAUGUGUCUCCAUCUCAGACAUGGUGUCUGCAGGAGAUGUGUCUCUAUCUCAGACAUUGUGUCUGCAGGAGACGUGUCUCCAUCUGAGACAGGGUGUCUGCAGGACAUGUGUCUCAAUCUCAGACAUGGUGUCUGCAGGAGACGUGUCUCCAUCUCAGACAUGGUUUCUGCAGGAGACGUGUCUCCAUCUCAGACAUCGUGUCUGCAGGAGAUGUGUCUCCAUCUGAGACAUUGUGUCUGCAGGAGAUGUGUCUCUAUCUCAGACAUGGUGUCUGCAGGAGAUGUUGUCUCCAUCUCAGACAUGGUGUCUGCAGGAGAUGUGUCUCCAUCUCAGACAUGGUGUCUGCAGGAGACGUGUCUCCAUCUCAGACAUGGUGUCUGCAGGAGAUGUGUCUCCAUCUCAGACAUGGUGUCUGCAGGAGAUGUGUCUCCAUCUCAGACAUGGUGUCUGCAGGAGAUGUGUCGCCAUCUCAGUCAUGUGGUCUGCAGGAGAUGUGUCGCCAUCUCAGUCAUGUGGUCUGCAGGAGACGUGUCUCUAUCUCAGUCAUGGUGUCUGCAGGAGAUGUGUCUCCAUCUCAGACAUGGUGUCUGCAGGAGAUGUGUCUCCAUCUCAGACAUGGUGUCUGCAGGAGACGUGGAUGUGUCUCUAUCUCAGUCAUGGUGUCUGCAGGAGAUGUGUCUCCAUCUCAGACAUGGUGUCUGCAGGAGACGUGGAUGUGUCUCUAUCUCAGUCAUGGUGUCUGCAGGAGAUGUGUCUCCAUCUCAGACAUGGUGUCUGCAGGAGAUGUGUCGCCAUCUCAGUCAUGUGGUCUGCAGGAGAUGUGUCGCCAUCUCAGUCAUGUGGUCUGCAGGAGACGUGUCUCUAUCUCAGUCAUGGUGUCUGCAGGAGAUGUGUCUCCAUCUCAGACAUGGUGUCUGCAGGAGAUGUGUCUCCAUCUCAGACAUGGUGUCUGCAGGAGACGUGGAUGUGUCUCUAUCUCAGUCAUGGUGUCUGCAGGAGAUGUGUCUCCAUCUCAGACAUGGUGUCUGCAGGAGACGUGGAUGUGUCUCUAUCUCAGUCAUGGUGUCUGCAGGAGAUGUGUCAUCAUCUCAGACAUGGUGUCUGCAGGAGACGUGGAUGUGUCUCUAUCUCAGUCAUGGUGUCUGCAGGAGAUGUGUCUCCAUCUCAGACAUGGUGUCUGCAGGAGAUGUGUCUCCAUCUCAGACAUGGUGUCUGCAGGAGAUGUGUCGACUUCUCAGACAUGGUGUCUGCAGGAGAUGUGUCUCCAUCUCAGACAUGGUGUCUGCAGGAGAUGUGUCUCCAUCUCAGACAUGGUGUCUGCAGGAGAUGUGUCGACUUCUCAGACAUGGUGUCUGCAGGAGAUGUGUCUCCAUCUCAGACAUGGUGUCUGCAGGAGAUGUGUCUCCAUCUCAGACAUGGUUUCUGCAGGAGACGUGGAUGUGUCUCGACUUCUCAGACAUGGUGUACUGAGAAGUUGACCCACAUAGAAAUAAGGUUCCAUGAUAAAACAUUAGGAUUCAGCAUUUGAGACGUGAUGCCUCCAUGUUGACGCUUUGUUUUGGCAUGAUGGAACAUGCUUGUCUCCGUAAGACAAUAUGGAAUGUUGGAGAUAUGUCAAAGAAACCAACAACGCCAUCAACAGUCGGAAUCGACUUGUAAUAUGCAGGUUUAGAUUUCGUCAUUCAUGUAUCAUUCAUUAACAUUGCUAAAGUUUUUAAUCGAUCAUUGAAACAACCAAACUCAAUAUUGAAGUUUGAUAAAAAGAAAUGCAAUGAUUUUAAUGUUUACCACAAGUUUUAUUUAUAUUAAAAAAUAAAUAUUUCAUAAAAUUACAUUCAUUUUUGUUUCUGACUAUUGAUGUUCAACAAGAUUUAUUCUGUGCGAUAGGACGACCAAUGAUCUGAAGUGAUGUUAUUUAAUUUCAUUGAUUUUCUUGAUAAUACAAAUGUUAGACAAAUUUAGAUGGGGGUAAACUAUCUCAAUCUGCCCUGCUAUAAUAAUUGUUUGUUGGAAGUAACGACAGAUUCCUCUUCACAGAUUAAAGAAACAUUGUGCCAAAAUGUAUAUUACAACCGAGACAAUGAUCUGUCACAGCAAAUCAGGCCUAACUUGGUGUGGUUUCAGAUUCCCCGUCUCUCCGAGUUUCAUGUGCCUAUGUAACUGAUAUUUGGGGAGCACUUGAAGGAUACUUGUCUCAACAUAUUUUCAGCUGGUUUUGAAGAAAUUGUUACCAUUUUACAAAACACAUGGCCUACCUAGAAACCGAAAUGUUUAGAUUUGUGAAAUCGGAACCACAUCCUUGUUGGCCUCAUGUAUGUGUUUUUGUAUAUGUUUUGUAUAUAGUGUUGACUGUGCCCAUUGACUAACGUUAUUUAUGUGGAAGUAUAUUCUGCAUGUUCGGGGUUCAGAUUUCUUACUACUUAACCUUGAACUACUUGUAUCAAACUCUGGUUUGCAAGAUUGUCUUUUUAUAUUUGUGUAUGCCUCAUGUGCUUUUAAUACGUAAUAUUAAUGUUGUUUUGUUGUACAUACCUGUAGUUGUUGCCUUGUCCUGCGUCGUUGUUGGUCACUACGCCAGGAGGGGUACAGGGGACAUUAGGAUGCUGGCAGGGUCAGUUUUAGGUUAUUUCCUAAAAAAACCUCCUCUUAUACAAACAUUUUAAACCAAACAGAUAAAUGUUGAAAAAAUGCUUAGCUUCAAUCAAUUUCUUAACAUUGGUCGACUCUAGAUGUGUCCAUGAACCAGGUGUUGGAUUAGCCACAGUAAAUAUCAUCACAUUGUUGAACAGGAAAACGGAGACCUAUGAGUGAAGGAGGGGACUGACUGAUGUGAAUAAGUCGCAGGGUGGCUCCAAUAUGCCGAUGCAAUGUGAAACGUUCCCUCCCCAACAGACGAGAAAUAUCAAUUCUGCCACACACAAUAUAGUUAAAAAUUAAGGGGGACUUAGGUCCUUGAGGUUUUCUCAAGUGGUGUCUGAAUAGUGCCCAGAGAUUGGAUAUUAUCAUGGAGAGAAGAGGUCGGGUAGCCAAGUGGUUAAAGCGUUCGCUUGUCACGCCAAAGACCCGGGUUCAAUUCCCUACAUGGGGACAAUGUGUGAAGCCCAUUUCUGGUGUCCCCCGCAUUGAUAUUGCUGGAAUAGUACUAAGAGUGGUGUAAAACGAUACUCACUCACUCAGGAGAGAAAAGGUUAUCCCCUAAAGCAUGACAACAUUAGGGGGGUCGACAUAAGACUAGCUGACUCUAUCAUGGUCAGUUAUGAAGAAACUAGACAGCAAGUGUUUUCUAUUAAUUGAAUAAUGUUUAUGAUUAAUGUAAUAUAGGUUUAAAACUGACUGAGCUAACUUGAUGUCAACAUUCAUUUAAGACUGAUUUAAAUUACUUGAUGUCAACAUACGUUGAAGACUGACUUAAAUUACUUGAUGUCAACAUACGUUGAAGACUGACUUAAAUUACUUGAUGUCAACAUACGUUGAAGACUGACUUACGUUACUUGAUGUCAACAUACGUUUAAGACUGACUUAAGUUACUUGAUAUCAACUUACGUUGAAGACUGACUUAAGUUACUUGAUGUCAACAUACGUUGAAGACUGACUUAAGUUACUUGAUGUCAACAUACGUUGAAGACUGACUUGAUGUCAAUGAUGUCAUGGAAGUGCUGUCAGCAACUUGUAUACCACCAUAUGCCAUGUAUGCCGCAUCCUAGCUGUCAUGGAAGUGCUGUCAGCAACUUGUAUACCACCAUAUGCCAUGUAUGCCGCAUCCUAGCUGUCAUGGAAGUGCUGUCAGCAACUUGUAUACCACCAUAUGCCAUGUAUGCCGCAUCCUAGCUGUCAUGGAAGUGCUGUCAGCAACUUGUAUACCACCAUAUGCCAUGUAUGCCGCAUCCUAGCUGUCAUGGAAGUGCUGUCAGCAACUUGUAUACCACCAUAUGCCAUGUAUGCCGCAUCCUAGCUGUCAUGGAAGUGCUGUCAGCAACUUGUAUACCACCAUAUGCCAUGUAUGCCGCAUCCUAGCUGUCAUGGAAGUGCUGUCAG